GUGGCCCACCAGCUGAUUUGUGUGAAGAAAGGGCAGGCGCCUUACCAGGCUUCUCUUGCGGAGCUCGUGGAGACUUAUUUAGGCACCACGGUGAAGGGUUUGGAGUCUGGGCGCGCUGCAUUGAAUUUGGAUUUUUGUGGUUUUGCAAAACGCCCUUUGGCGUUUUGUCUUUUGAAAUAUGCAGCUUUGGGGGUUUUCUAUUUGCCGCGGCUGGCCCUCGCAAUGUCUUGCCAAAUCAGCCCUGAGGAGGUGAUAAAGGCGAGCGAAGAAUUCGUGCUGUACAGACACCUCAACGAGGCCUUUCCAAACCCUAAAGAGAUGAAUAAAAAAGGGACAGUCCUAGAAGGAGUGGUUGUUGUGCGAAAUCCGGAAAAGAUAAUUUUCAAGUUGAACUCAGAUGUCACUGGGAUUGUCUGUACACCAGCAGCACUCAAGAGGUUUCAAGAUGUCCAAUACG